CUGGAUUUUCGGCCGUUUUCCUUGAGUAAGUUUAGUUUUUGAAAUUAUUUUUUAAUACUGUAGCUUCAAUUAAUUGUUUCAAACAAAAAUCCAAAAUUUUGAUACAAAAAUCUUAAUUUUCAGCCUAUUGUAUCGAUUUUUGAUGAGCAUUUGUGAAAUCUCCGGAAAACUCGACAUUUUUUGGUCAAACUGGAAUUCUGGCAAUUUUUAUUUAGAGGAACCUGAUAAGGUUAGUUUUUUUUCAUUUUCAAAAUAAAUUCUAAAAAAAUUUUAUUCCUUAUUCAGACGUUCUCUCAACUCAAAUGAAAAAAAAGAAAAAAAAAGAAAAAAGAAAAAAAAAGAAAAAAAGAAAAAAAAGAAAAAAAAGAAAAUAAAGAAAAAAAUGAAAAAAAAAAUGAAAAAAAAGAAAAAAAAAUGAAAUUUCAACUUGGAUAGUUCCCAAUCCUAAGUUGCCCUAACUUUUCCCCCAAAUUUUCUCGCUUCGACCUUUAGGUAUUUUUGUGUCCCUGAUGUUUUCCACCUAGUUUUUUCUAGAUAAUUUUUUUGAGCUAACUCGACCCUUACCCUUUUAUUUUUUUGUGCAUUCGUCUCAGGCAUAGAUGUGGAUUUUGAUAAGGUUAGUUUUGACCCAAAAAACUCUGAUAAUUUUUGAAUUUUUGCAGAUUUCCUUCAAUUUUGUCAAAUUUGUCCCAUCUCCUCGAAGUUUUUUGCUGUUUGGCUUAAUUCGGGGAUGCUUGAUAGUUUUGAGGAAUUGUGAGUUUUUGAUUAUUUUUCCUCGAGGAAAUCGAGUAUUUUCAGAUGUUUCGAAACUCGAAAUUCUUCUGCAAAUUUUGGAAAACUUGGAAAUCAUUUUUGUCGGCAGCCUUUCGAUGUGAUUUUCACAAUGUUUGUUGAUUUUUAUAGUUCACUUCAAAAUCAAUAAUUUUGUAUUUUUCAGGUUCACAUCAUCCACAAAUUCAUUUUCGCCGCGAAAAAAAUUGAGGAGACUGAGUCUAGCGAGUUUUCAGCUUAGGUGAGUUGAAAAUUUAUGAAUUUUUAUGGAAAAUGUGAGAAUUUUGAAUUUUUCAGAUUCGAAAACUCGUCAAAAAUUUGGAAGCUCAUCGCUGAUUUUUUCUUGUCAAAUCCGAAUGUUUGAUUUUCGCCAGUUCUGAGCAUUUGUGAGUUUGAAAAUUGAAAAUUAAUUGGAAUUUUAAUAAUUUUUUGCAGAUCUCGAUUCAAGAAUCUCAAGAUUCUCAACUGGAUUUUGUUGGAAUAUUAAAGCGGAGUUAGAAGAACUCGAUUUCUUCUCGUGAUUUUUAAACGGUUAGUUGAUUUUUUUUAGUUAACUUGAAAAUCAAUAAUUUGUAUUUUUUUCAGAUUCGAAAACUCGAUCAAUUUUUGAAAAAUCGAAACAUUUUGGAUAUAUUUUCUACUAGAAAAAAUGGAUCUUGCUUGAAAUUUGAAGUUUACUGGAACCAAGAUGGUCAUUUUUAUGGAACUUAUCGUCGAAAUUUGAAUUUUGUGAGUUUUUUUGAUUAUUUUUCCCAGAGGAAAUUGUGUAUUUUCAGAUAUUUCGAAACUCGAUUGAAACAAUUCUGGACUGCUGCUGA